AUGACCAAUAGUAAUCUUCACAGCAAUCAUCGCCACAUUCACCGAAGGUCGUCCAUCACAGCACUACAGCAACAACAACAACAACAAGGCUCAGCUAUGAACCAAAAUAAUGACUUUGGUGAUCAUCAUGAUGGUAAGAAUGACAAUAAUAAGAAUAAGGCAUCAUCAUCAUCAUCAUCAUCAGCAUCAUCAUCAUCAUCAUCCCAUCCAUCAAUCAGAAGGACCAAAUCGAUGACCAAACAAUACGUGGUCUUGGGCGCACACUUAUUUGCGGUAUCCAUCUUUAUCCUCAUCAAUCGAUUUGUCGGUCCAUGGCCCAUUGCCUUUUUACAAGCCUUGAAGGAACCCUACUGGCUAUUGAUCCAUUAUCUCAGUGCGACCAUGUUUGCUGGAACGAUUGUCGUGUCGGCCAUUUUGGAGAAUAUGAUUGUAAAUAAGACUACUUUCAACAAGAAUGAUACUGAUAAUGAUAGUACUGAUACUGAUAAUGAUAUGAAUGACACGGCAGCAACAACAAUCCAAGACCAAAAUAAGCUGAUUCACUUUUGGUUUCAACAAGUUCCCCAAAUGGAUGCCCGAUUGGUACUGCCCAGCGUUGUGACAUUGUUGGUAUCGGGAACGGCCACGGCACAUUCUCGAUAUGGUGGCGGGUCCUUAGCAUUGGCACCCAAACACAUUACCCUCAUGUUUGCCCAUUUACUUGCCUUUAUGGCAUGGUGGAUCGUGACGGACAUUACAACCCGAUCCAAAGUUUUGGAGUAUUAUCAUGAUGCUGGCAGCAGUAGCAGCAAAAACAACAACAACAAAAGGAACAACAACAAAACCAAUAGGUUGCAGCAAGUAUUGAAAUGGCGCAAGGUUAGCAACAUUGGAUCCUGCCUCUUUGUAUUGGUAUUAUUUGCUAUUAUGACACUCAAGCCAGGCAUGCCUAUGAUAUGA